GACAUUGACAGAUUGACACAGCCAGCUUGCAGCCUGUGGAGUUCGGAAUGGGAUAGGUGCAGUUUAAUUCAUUAGAAAAUUUGAGUCUGGUUCGAAUUGACGUGCAUAAAUAUAUUAUUUAAUAACAGAAAUUAUGUUUUAAAUUCAAAAUGUUGUUAUAUCACGGUAGACUAAUAGUUCUUUCAGUAAUAUGUCAAGUUAUCGCAGUGUAUUCUGCCGAUCAUUUACUUGAAGGUAUUUAUUGUGGAAAAAAGAAUUGUUAUGAAGUUCUAGGAAUCAGCAGGGAAGCAACGAAAAAUGAAAUCGGCAGAAGCUACAGACAGCUGGCCAAGAAAUUCCACCCGGACAUGCAUCGCUCGCCUGAUGCAAAGAAAGAAGCGGAAGAGAAAUUCAAAGAAAUAGCCACGGCGUACGAGAUUUUACGAGAUGACGAGGAGAGGUCCGACUAUGACUACAUGCUGGACAACCCACAGGAGUACUACGCGCACUACUAUCGAUACUACCGGCGGCGCAUGGCCCCCAAAGUGGACGUGAGGAUCGUCAUCGCCGUCACCAUCACCGUCAUCUCGGUCAUCCAGUACUACAGCGCCUGGUCCAAGUACGACACAGCCAUCAAAUACUUCAUGACCGUGCCUAAAUAUAGGAACAGAGCACUGGAAAUAGCUAAGGCAGAAUCCAAGGAAGCACAUGCCAAAGGAAAAGCUACUAGGAAAAGUAAAGCGGAACAGAAGAUGGAGCAGGACAGGGUCAUACGAAGAGUUAUAGAAGAGAACCUGGACAUUAGAGGAGCCUAUGCCAAACCUCAAAUUGUAGAUAUUUUAUGGAUUCAGCUCAUUCUCCUGCCUUACACCAUUUCAUAUUAUGCAUAUUGGUACCUAAGAUGGUUCUGGAAGUUCACAAUAAUGAAGCUGCCUUAUGGGGAGGAAGAGAAGCUGUACAUAAUACGUAAGUACAUGAAGCUGGGCCAGCACCAGUUCAAUGCGCUGGAGGACGAGGAGCGACAUCAGUUCCUGGAGGAGGAGCUCUGGAUCAAAGAUAACUUUAAGGUUUGGAAACAAAUCAAAGAUGAAGAAGCAAAAAAGGCUCUAGCUGAAAAUAAUAAAUACAAGCAAUACAGACGGUACAUAAAGCAACACGGCGUGGGCCGAAUGACCUUCGAUGACUCCUGAACCGAGUCCUGGUAGAGCAAAUGUGGCAAGCUAAAGUUGAUGAGUCAUUCACAACAUUUUAUAUAUAAUAUAUUGCAUUUAUUUAUUUGAACACCAAAUAAAACUAAGAGAAUACACAAA